AUGAGCAAGAUUUGGAAAUUUACAUCAUUUGCAACUAUUUCAAGUGUUGCAGCAGCUUCAUUAUACUUAUAUGCAAUUGACAAAAAUGGAUACUAUUAUGAGAAAUCAAAGUUUAAACAAGUCACUGACAGAGUAAGAAAGUUAAUCGAUGGUGAUGAGACGUUUAAGUAUGUUACUAUUGAUGAUUUUGUAAGUGGUCCAACACAAAUCCAAACAAGAUCAAGAGGUGAAACUUUUAAAGAUCUGUGGAAUGCAGAAGUUCGUAGAACUGCUCAAUGGAUCUAUUCUCUUGGGGGUCGUUAA